GAACAUCGUUGGUUGGUGGGCUGCUCGAGAAGUCUCCAUAGUGGCGUUCGGCCACCAGUGUCCGACGGAUUCUGUGGGAAGUUGUCGUGCCCGGUGAGUGGCGACCACACGUCAAGCAGUUCCCGUUCGAAUUUCUCAUUAGCAACGGGACGUCGAAAGUUGAAGGCAUCAUUGGGAACAUCUCGUUCUCUCGUGUAAUCUGAUGGAUCCGAAUAUCGGGUGGUAUCAACCAGAACAACAAGGUCCAGCGCAACAGCUCUGGGAAAGAAUUAUGGAUGGUGUUGCCGAUAACCACGACUUCAUUCCUCUCGGCUCCGUUACGAGCGGAACAAUGGAAAACAAAUAUGGUUACGCAAAAGAUAGGUCGAAGACCAAUCGAGCCUCGACUUUCGCGCUGAAUCGCAACCCACAAUUGAUAAGCAAGUAUGGCGGUACACCCUGGCGGAGACCUGGGAGAAUCUACUCGCGUGGGAUCGUCGGGCUCCACGAAGAGAUCGAAGAAUUCUACGAGUACAUUAAACCAACGAGGACGGAACAUCAAGUGCGGCAAGAAGUCGUAAACCGUGUCAAAGAAGUUGUGAGACAACUUUGGCCCCAGGCCCAGUGCGAGGUUUUCGGGAGUUUUUGUACCGGCCUCUACCUUCCCACUAGUGAUAUAGACUUGGUUAUAUUGGGCGAUUGGGAGACAUUACCCAUGUUCACUCUUCACAAAGCUUUGAUCCAAGAGAAAAUUGCUUCCGCCUCUACCAUUAAAGUUCUCGACCGAGCAUCGGUCCCAAUUGUUAAAUUCACCGAGCAAAGCACAAACGUCAAGGUGGACAUAUCAUUCAACCAGAAAAACGGAGUCAAAUCAGCGAAGCUGAUCAAGGAUUUUUGUAAAACAUUCCCCCCUCUACCCAAGCUCGUAUUUGUGCUAAAGCAGUACCUCUUGCAACGAGAUCUCAACGAAGUGUUCACGGGCGGCAUUUCAUCGUACAGUUUAAUCCUCCUCGUUGUUUCCUUCCUCCAGCGGCAUCUGCGCAUCAAAGAGUUGCAGUCGCCGCUGUCGAACGUCAACUUGGGCGUUCUUCUGCUAGAGUUCUUCGAGUUGUACGGUCGUUACUUUAAUUAUGCCGAAGUUGGUAUUCGUAUAAAGGACGGAGGGAGCUACAUGUCCAAAGAAGCCCUCCAGAGAGAAAUGGCCACCGCUCAAGGACAGACUUCGGGAGCGGGGGUCAUUCACGAUACAUCAUCGAUUCUAUGCAUCGAAGAUCCACUAACGCCCGGCAACGACAUCGGCCGAAGUUCUUACGGCGCGCUAAACGUACAAAAAGCUUUCGACGCCGCGUUCAGCAAACUCGAACUCGCGGUGCAUCCAUCCUACGAGACCGCGGUCGAUCUCAAAGAAACGAUUCUCGGUCGGGUCAUUCGUAUCACAGACGCAGUCAUCGACUACCGUCUGUGGCUCGACUCGACCUUCUCGCCGGUCCGGACGAGAGCUUCGAAACAUAGUCUGAAUCAUCACUCAAACGGACAUUAUCGACACGGGACGAAUAACAUCAAUAAUAACAAUAACAACAACAAUAACCAAAGAUAUGCGCAAUCGAACGGAAGUGGGAGCUGGGAUAGCGGCAAGCGAAGUCUCUCGGUCUACCCGUCGUCAGGAAACGGAGAAUCGUGCUCGUCGUCCCGCAGCUCAGUCGCCUCCGACAAGGCUAGUUGGCAUGACGAGGAAGAAGAAGAAGACGACGAAGAGAGCCGAAGCGAUAUCGAUCCUGAGAGCUCCGACUGCGAGGAGAGCCAAAGCCGGCAUAACCAUGCGCCAGUCACCGUGCACCAUCAAUCGACUGUCGUGCACCAUCAGCCCCCACAUCAUUUUAACCAACAUUCGUCGCCGCCAUUGGGCCCUCAGCAACAGAGCCCCCUCACGAGCCAAAAUCAUCAGAGCCAUAUGAACGGCAUCUCGAGCCAGAGACGGGGGCCUGGUAACAUGGAGAGACGAAGUAGGAAUAAGGUUGGUCGGUCGACUAAUCGGAUGUAGGAGAUAAUUUAGCCACUGUACAAUCUAGUGAACUUUUUUCUUCAUUCAUUCUCGAGUGGCUCACACGAAGUCGUCGUCCGUUCACAAAGGAUCGAUGCGCGUAGUUUGCAUCGAUACAAACCUAUAAAG